AAUGAAAACUAAAGCUUCUAAUAGACAACACGCCUGUAGUUCUAGCUAUCAAAGUACUUUUCCAUCAACUUAAACAUUUCUACGUGUCUCUCUCUUGACUGGAGGGACUACCUGAGGCCAAAAAAGCUGUUAGCCAAGAUUAUCCCUAGUUCAGAUUGUACUUCCACACACGUACAAGGGUUGAUAGCAAAAGAUGUGAUCUUGGUUCAUUUGGUAAAGUGGACAUCUGGUCACCUGUCUCAUGUUUUCAUCCACGAUAUAAAAUGACCUGCCAUUGAAGUCAUAGGAAAGGCUGUGUGCACGUUUGGAUUUCACUUUACUUGCAUAAGGACGUAAGACACCAAGCUUCCUAUUUUUAAAACUCUUGAAGUCUCACAUAUUUAAACGUCUAACAUGAUGGUUGUAGCCCUGGCUGCAACUGCUGCACUUAUGUCUAGUGUGGGAGGGGAGGGGUAACAGCUCUAAGUAUUCAUGCAUGUUUCAGAUGCCCUUUUAAAAUUUGAAUGGGAACAUUCUGACUUUUCUAAAGAGUGUUUUUUAGUCAACAGUGGCUUUCAAAAAAAUAUAUUAGGAAUAUGUGAUAACUGAUUCAUGAUCUGCGUUUUUUCUUCAGAUUAAUAACUUUGCAAAACUGCUUAACCAGAUCAUCUGUAACCAAGUCUGAUCUUUCAGUGGAGGUGGGCAUGUUGCAAUAGCAGUCACUGUGUUUUUUCAAGAUCAAGAUUCUCUCAUUUCAGUUGUUUAUAUCUCUAAAGGUGAAGAUUCUCUGCUGAGAAAACUUAGCUGAUGGUGUGCUGCCUCCUGUGCCUCCCCGAUGAAUUGCAGGGGCUGAGUUGUCAAGCAAUUGAAUAAAGGGGGAAAAGCUGGGGGGAGGGAAUCUUAAUUCACAUGUAAACAAUGCUGGCAGUACAGAGAGAGAUGGAUUUGCCCUAGGCAGAUGCUGUAUAGAGAUUUCCCAACAGCUUUACUAAUGCACGACCUGCUUUAGGUCAACUUUAUCAUCCUGAUCUGCUCCAACUGUUUGCACAUCAGUGAAACUGAGAAGAGAUUUAUAAACAUGCAUAUUGAAUAAUACUCUAUAGUAUUUAUGUGCAACAUAGGAAUAGGAUAAUUACUCCCCGUCAUUGUCCCUUAAGCUUUGUCAGUACAAAUCACAGUGGUCAGCAGCUGCCAAAAUCUGCGUUGCUCUUAAAAGAAACGCCAAACGCGUCCUUAACUUCAGCCUUCAGCGUUUGUGAUGGAAAAUACACUGGUAAGCUUUCUUCAGAAAACCAAGUCUAAGUUGAGGCGUAAUGUUUACAUUAGUGGGUUAAUGUCAGUCCUGAGGGAGACCCCUAAUGGAGCAGAAGGGAAGGGAGAAAAGGAGGAUGUUCCUUUCACUAAGACAGCUUUUCUGAUUAUUUUGCUAUUACAUAGUUUAUGCUAUUUGGAAAAGCAGUUAAGGUGAUUUGAAGUCAUGUCUUGGUAAAUUUUUUCUCAGUGAAGUUUCUUUUGAGAAGGCUAGUCUAAGACUUUAAUAGCAGGAGACUUCCUUCUGUGUGUUUUUUGCCAAUAAAAUGCAGUUCUAACACCUAGCUUCUGUCAACAGUAAGAUAUUUGCUUUUACCCACUGCCACUUGGCCCUAGUGGGUGAAGAGAGUGGAGAAGUCCCUGCUGCUCUGUCCUCCCUCAGUAAACUGGUGGGUCUGUUUGGAUUAAUAACUGCAGAAUCUCCCACUGCUUGCAGCUUCCUUGAAGAACAGCAUGAAAUUGUCCCAAUGGUUAAUUUCAUAAUUCUCACUUGCAAGGUUCUUAUUAGCAAUCACGGCAAGGAUCAUGUCUGCCUUUGCUCCUCAAAGCUUCAUCAGCAAGUGUUUGCAAAAUGACGCUGCGUAAGAACGCUGGCAUGUAUCCGAAAGGUCAAAACUGCCAGAAAGACUAACAAAUAUAUAUAUUUUUAAUUUGAUGGUUAUGUAAUUCAGAAUUUUUCUUGCUGGUUCUGGAAACAAUACUCUUAAAGAUGGUUGAAGGAGAAUACCUAUUUAAGAUCUUAGGUUCCAAUAAAAGAAUAUAUUUUGCCCUUCUUUUAUAAAACUACAACUCCUUAUUUCCAGAUUCACUGCUGUCAUGUUUGUCUUGGAGUUCACUGAAGCCAAAACAUUCCUGAUUGCCAAAUCAUAAUGCUUAUGUCUUAAAACCAUGAUUUACAUAGUGUUAGUUUAGUUAAGUGAGUUUAAGCCUAGGACAGAGCAAAGAAAUGUCUAGACUGAAGAAUGUGCUUGUGAACACCAUGUAUGUCAAAUCCACCUGCUUGCAUACGUUAUGCAAAACCCAAGUACAUUCCUUGCCCAAAUGGAUUAUGGGCAUGUUAAUGCUUCGCUGACACUUGAUUGAUGCUAGGGUUUCUAUGGAUGUCGUGCUAUCUUGGACUGAUUCUUAGUAGAUUGCAGGAGAACUUAUUUGUCAUUCAUAGGACUCCAUGCAGGAUUGUUCUUAGCCUGCCAGCUCAUCUAGCUGAGGCACUUCCAGCUGCGCAUGCUCAAUGUAUUUUGUCUAUUCCAGCUGGAACUAGGCCAUAGAUCCAGUCCGAGGGAAGAGCUUGUCUGCUUGUAGCUGUUCAGUUGCUGGAUUAUAUUAAAAGAUCCAUGAGAAAGUGACGCAAUUUCAGUAAUCUGCCCCUAAGAAACAGUGAUGGUCUCAGAGAUGAAUGCUAACAUGAUGAAACGGGCGUUUUGCAUCUACUGUAUAGGUGGACUAAAGUUUCUGCUGCAAGAUCAUUGUUAUACUGAUCAGAGGUGCAUGAAGAAACUGACCUUGUGGCCUCUGGGAGGAAUUCUUCUAGAACAUGAAAUUAAGGAAACUGUGCUGUUCCAGAGGUUGGUUACUGUUGCGUCUGCAGUUAGUUAGUUUGGUCUGAAGUUGCCUUUGAGAUGUCUUUGCAAAGGUUAGUAAGAUUAGUAUGGUACAUGAAAUAACUGAUUCGUUUCACUUUGAGAGUAGACCUUCUAGACUCUGACUACAUGAGUGCCAGUGAUGCUUCCUAGGACUGGCUGCAUAGAGCAAGUGAGCCUGCCUGCUUUGCUCCAGCUCAUGGAGCGGUACCACUCCUCUGCAAAGUGUAGGCAAACUCUUCCCUCUGGGCUGAAUGUAAUGGAGUGUAUUUGGGAGACCAUGGACAAGAGCCUCUCUCUGGAACAUUAUCAUGCAGCUAAUAAUUCUACCCGUAUUAUUCUGGCAUUCUGUACGUUUCUGCAUGGCAAAAGAUAAGCAUUCGGCUGAGAGAAUUCUCAAGUAGUUUUCUCAUCUGAAAAUCAGAGUAUCUGACGUUGUGCCUGCAUUAAGGCAAACAAAGGAAGUGAGGAGUGGUUUGUAUAGGUACUUCAUAUCAUCCUCUGAAUAAAGAAAGAUGUGUUUGACGCUACAUAGUGUCAGUGCAUACAUAGCAUAAUUGUGAAAUAUGUGAUGAUUACUGCUGUGUACAGAUGCACAGUACUUUAACAAUCAAAUUGUUUUUCCUUUUCCAACAAGAAUUAGAAGGCCAAUAUGUUAUUUUUCUAAGCAAUAAUUGAAAACAAGUUUUAGAAGAGCACUGUUUGUCUCAUUUUAAUUAAUUGGUGAAAACAAAGAACAAUUAGACAUGAAGAACAGUGCAAUAAAGUUUCAAAAUCUGAUUACGCUUGUUUUAUUGAUAGUAAAACUAAACACUGGAUGCUUGCUCCCAUGUAUUGUGUGGGGUUGUCUGUGCUUGAUAGGGAAGAAGUGAAUAGGGCACCACUGCCCCUUCUGGGCUGGAAGUGGUGUUUUCAUGAACUGCUCCAGAGUUUUCUAUUUGUGUUGGAGCAGGGUAUGAUAGCACUGAGACUUGAUCUUCAUGGGAUUGUAGUGGGGGUGCAACUUCUCCAGUGGCUCUAAGUUUCUUGUCAAUCUCCUUUUAUGUCCCAGGAUUAUUCCUGAAUCAGUCUCAUUUGACUCUUUGCCACUGAGAAACGGAAAUAACAGUAAUUUGAGGUUGUCUCCCUUUUAAUAAAGGUCUUGCACAACUUUUUCUCUAAGCUUUUUCCUUAUCCAAUUUCUUGGUGUCUUGAUUCAUCUGAUGGAAGAGCAUUGCCAAAAAGAGUAAAAAAAAUCUCAUUUUAAUGAGAACAGAAAUAAUGACUGUUGGCAUUCCAGAAUGCUGCUUGUGCACUACUUUCAUUUGCUGGUCCAUUCUUAAAGCUUUCGAUAGCUGAAUUUGCCGGUUCACAUACCUACUGUGGUAGGAACCGUAUACAAAACAUAUUUAAGAUUUCCGUGUGCAUACCGGGUCUCAACAGAGAAAUUUUCUCAUGAAGAUGGUAAGACCAGUAUUAGUUUAUCAGAAUGAAAAUGACUUUAAAUGUAAAAUCUGAUAGAAGUUACGUAUUAGUAAAGGGAAUUAAUUUUACAAGUUAGUGGUGGUUUCUGUUAGCGUAUGCAAAGAGAAAAUAAUUAGGAGUGAGUAAAGGAAAUUAAAGGAACUACAAAUGCAACUAAUAGAAAAUUCUCUUGCAAAACUCUUCAAUAACUUCUCCAGCUGGGUAUCAUUUUAUACAUAGGCAACUUAGAUAAAGGGUCUGAGAUAAUACAGAAAUAUUCUAGAAGUGGAAGUUGCUCUAUACUUGCUAUGAUGAUGGUAUGUCUGCCAGCUUUUGGUAGCCUCAAGAGCUGUCUUAUGCGGACUUCUUAUCCAAGGUUAAGCCUAGGGGCCCAUGUAGAUAUCGGAGUUGCGUGUUAAAUGCAUUCAGGUUCUGUGUAGUGGAGAGUGCAUAAGGGCACCGGGCAAAAUUACUGUGUUUGUAGUGAGAGCGGAGGGGGGAGUUGUAGAAGGGGGAAAACGCGCUGCUAACUUCAUAUAUACAGCUUUUUUGUAUGCUGCUUUUCAUCAGGUUGUCUAGAGCUCCAGUCAAAUGCAAGAUAUUCAGUGUAUAGGCUUUUGGCUAGCGAGGUUUAGUGAACUGAACUGGUGAAGUGAAAGGAUGCAGGAGUUGUAUACUCUUUAUGAAUGUGAAUCUAGUCAUACCCUUUAGAGAGGGACUUAGAAUAAGCAUUUUAUUUAUAGUUUUCUGAUACCUGUCUGAAGUAAAGACUGAAUGAAGGGCUUUAUAUAUUCUUUAAGCCACCUUAAGAUAUUGACUCUGCAAGUAAAUAGGCACAUGUUUUAAGAAGGAGGAAUGCUUCUAUGCUGAUUGAACUUAUUUAUUACCUCUUGUUGCUUUUGAAAAAAAUGCUCAGGACUACUUUUAAUUAAUGGGAGAUUUUGUAGGAUCAUUUAAUAGCAGAUGAUCUCAUUCUGCUUGGUGUUAAUUGUUUGCAUAGUAUUUUUGUAGUCACACUAACUUUAAGAUAGACUUUAGGAGAAAAAGCAUUGGACUUUUAUGGAUAUAUGGAUAUUAUGGAUAUAUGAAUAUGGAUAUUUCUUGCACUUAAAAUACUUGGAAUGGAUUGGGAUCUAAUUAAAAGGUAAGCUCUUUAAAAAGUCAUGGUUUGAAGAAUUGUUUUCUGUGGCCAUCACUGAUUAUUCUACUUCCCAUUUCUCGUUUUUCAUCUGCAAAAAAAAAAAAAGGUCUCACUGCUUUGAAUUUAGGUUUUUGGCUCUGUAAAAAUGAUUAUCUUAAGGUAGUGUUCUUAGAUUAAAUUUAAAAUAAAAGAACCAACUUUUUCUUUCUUAAUCAUAUGAUCUUCCUGCCUUUUUAGGCCAGAUCUUUAGUUUAAAGGUUUGUAAUAGCAUUUCUAAAUAGUGAGUGAAUGGAUUAUUUGUAAUUGUUGAUUGCUACCAUUCUGUUCAAAACACGCUCCCAUUUAAGCUGUUGUGUAAUUUUUAAUCAGAAGCCAGCAGCUCUCCAUGAGUAAGCAGUCCUUCGAGCUCUGUGUUGGUUAGCAGAAAUGUAUGAUUUUUUUUUUGAUUGCUCACUUAGUUCUAAGUUACAGUGGACUUAUCAAUGCUUAUUUGACUGGAAGUAUACAAAAUAUUUGAAUGUGAGUUAGCUGGCUAUUAUAUUCAGGUUGCUUGUUAGACUAAAAGCAAAUAAACAACGUUUCAGGUGCACUGGGAUUUAUUGUAUGGUGGUUUGGUGUUUUUUGUCAUCCUGAAGUAGUUUGAGGUUUCUCAAAGUGUAAGCUUUCUUGCUUUAUUUUGAAUAGCUCUAUCUGUACCUUAUAAAGCAAAUGGAGCUUAUACAAAGGUAAUUAAUUACCAAUGUGAAGCUCUACAUUCUGAAUGUAGAGAUUUCUACAGUAGAGUUUAACAGUAAAACAGGAAAAAGUGGGGUGGGAGGAUCCAGUGAGUAGAACUGAAUCCUUUGUAAGCUAGCUGCUGAUUGUGCUGGCAUAAUGAGAAAACACUAUUUUUAUUCAGAUUUUUAUUUCUUGAGAAAGCUUUAGAGUUAAAUAAAACUGUGUUCAUUUAUCAUGUUAAAAGGACAGGAAACUGUCAUGAACAAGCUGGAUAUGUAGUAUAAUACAUCAUGGACUGUGGAAAGAUUUGACUAAGUGUUAUACUUCUAUGGAACAGUGGUGCAUAAAUACUGUACAAAAAAUACUGCCUUAAGGUGACCUUGUGAGGAUUACAAAAAGACUGUGCUCCUUGUUCUCUGUAUGCAUGUAACAGGCUUGAAUUCUGAUUUCCUAUGCUUGUCUGAAAUACUACAAAAUGGAAUUCUAGGUCUUAAUUUUUCCAAAGAGAGAUGGUGCAUAUAUGGGGGUGUGCACAGACUUAGGCAGGAGCAUGAGACACGUGUAUUUUCCCGCAGGCAUUGAAAACCUGAGUUGUCAGGAGCAGAAAAGGGUAGAUAUCAGAAACUAAAAUUACUAAAAGUUUCUUCAUUUGCCAUGAAAACUUAAAACACUAUUAUUCCAAUUUCCCCCUGCCUUCUCCCCAGAUUUGCAGCUUUAUUUUCAGUCCUGGAGAAGAAGAUAGAUUACAUAGUGCAUUCCACUUAAAUUUAUUGCAGUUUAAAAAAAAAAAAAAAAGAACACUGUUACACCAUGGACAGCUUUUAACGCCUGUACAUAAGAAAUCUCAUAUUGCGUAUUCUGCUUUGAUGAAGUGAAAGUAAGAACCUGUGCAUGUUGAAUUUCUAACUCUUCUUGUCAGGAUAUACGCCCUCAAAUAUUUAGUCUCAUAGUCCAAUUUGUAUGCAGUUAGCUUUCAGCUUACCGAUAUCAAAUACACGUAACUGCUGUAUUUCCAGUGGGGGCGGGAGGGGGGACGACAAACAAAUAAAAAACAAACACUUUCUUAGAUACCAUUUGAUACAGAUCUCACAUUUAACAGUAAUUGUUAGGAGUAUCUGCAGGACUCCCAGUGAGAACAUCCAAAUGGAUCUUUUCAGCUAGGGUACUAGGAUCCUCAAGAUUCUUGACCCAUUUGGGAAGCUCCAGUGGACUUAAGGGCUUCUUUAGCUAAUAGUGUUGCAGCAUUUGUGCCUUUUGCAAAAUUUUUAUUCCAGACUACUUCACUUGAAGAAUUAUUUUAACUGGUUAUGGCUAUGAAGAGAACAGACACUGGAAUAUCACUUCAGUUUAUAUCCAUUGCAAACUCUGAAAAGUCAUACUAAAGAGUCUGUGAGGAGCAACUAACUCACAGCUGCUCCUUAAAGCAUCAGUAUAUGGAAACGUUGAUGAGACUACAGCACAGAGUCAAAAUCUUGUGUUGAUUUAGUGUUCUAUGAUUUGCUGUAAAGUGAACAAGAGCAUUAAGUACUAGCAACAAAUAUAAGAAAGUGUGAAAAACUUGAAGUAAUUUGGAGGUGCAGGCAGAAGAUCACUGAGCUGAGUAGAUACUACUACUUAGCCUACCAUAGACCAUGCUGUUGCUGCGUUAGACUCUUUCAUGGCUUUAUGGAUAUUCCAGCUGUGCUGCUUGAGAAUCCUCAUUUCCACAUAAGGUAUAGUUACACAUGCAUUUCUUAAGUAGCCUUCUGGUCAUUCUGUACAGCCUGCUUUAAGCCAGAUACAGCUGUUUGUGUGCUUAUAUGAUGAAUCAGAUUGGUAUCUGAUUUGGUUUGGAGAUGUAUUUUUCAGAUGGGUCACUUCUACAGUUUGGUACAGCGGUUGGCUGCAUAAAUAUUUCUGCCAAAAGAGCACAGGAGAUGUUUCUUCAAACUUGGCGGAGGAGAGGGGAGAGGGAGCACUUAACUGCUUAGAGUAGCCUUUCUUAAAACUCUCCAUGUCUAAAUGGACUCCUGAAUGUAAUAUAGUCUAUACUUUAGAAGCGGAUAUGAAGAGUGAAGUUCCUUCUGAUGCACCAAAGAGACAGGAGAGUCUGAAGGGGAUCCUCUUGAACCCUGAGCCUAUUGGGGCAGCCAAAAGCUUCCCUGCAGAAGUUGAGAUGAUUGCCAGUAAAGUAGGGAAUGAGUUCUCUCACUUAUGUGGUGAUUCUCAAAAGCAGAAGGACAUGAAUGGCAACCGUACAGACCAAGACAAAAGUAUUGUGGUGCGAAAAAAACGCAAGAGCCAGCAGGCUGGUCCUUCAUAUACUCAAAAUUGUCCUGAUAAAGAAAACCAAGGAAUCUUAGGUUUACGACAGCAUCUAGAAACACAGAGUGAAGACAAUGAUUCUUCUUUUAGUGACUGUAUCUCUUCGCCUUCAUCUAGCCUGCAUUUUGGAGACUCUGACACAGUAACAUCUGAUGAAGAAAAAGAUGCUCCUGUCAGGCACCCUCAGGCAGUGUUGAAUACUACAGGUAGAACUCAUAGUGCAAGGUCACAAAAGUGGCCUCGGACUGAGGCAGAUUCUGUACCUGGAUUAUUAAUGAAAAGGCCCUGUUUUCACAGCAGUUCAUUAAGAAGGCUUCCAUAUAGGAAGAGAUUUGUGAAAACUAGUUCCUCUCAGCGGACCCAAAACCAAAAAGAACGAAUUUUAAUGCAGAGGAAAAAACGAGAAGUGUUAGCUCGAAGAAAGUAUGCUUUACUACCCAGCUCUAGCAGUUCCAGUGAGAAUGACCUCAGUAGUGAAUCUUCCUCCAGCUCGUCUACUGAAGGGGAGGAAGACUUAUUUGUAUCACCUGGUGAAAGCCAUCAGAACAGUACAACUGUUCCUUCAGGAAGUAUCGAUGAAGACGUUGUGGUGAUUGAAGCAUCCUCCACUCCCCAGGUCACUGCCAAUGAAGAAAUAAAUGUUACCUCAACAGACAGUGAAGUGGAGAUUGUAACAGUUGGUGAAAGCUACAGGUCUCGUUCAACCCUCGGACACUCAAGAUCACACUGGGGACAGAGCUCUAGUUCUCAUGCUGCACGACCACAAGAGCAGCGAAACCGUAGUAGGAUUUCCACAGUCAUACAGCCGCUGAGACAGAAUGCAGCAGAAGUAGUGGACCUUACAGUGGAUGAAGAUGAGCCAACAGUUGUACCAACCACUUCAGCCAGAGUGGAAUCCCAGGUCGUGAGCUCAACUUCCAGUAACAGUUCUAAUACGUCUACCUCAGAGCCGGCCUCUGAUGCAGCUCCAAACGUCUCCAGCAGCCAGCCCCCCUCCUCAGCACCCGAGACUUCGACUAGUCUUCCCAAUAGCAGCACUGCUGGUACUUCAGCUGGAGAUGAUUUAAGAAGAACUGCAUCUAAUACGACACUGGAAACUGGCCCUCCUGCCAUGCCAAGGUUACCAUCGUGCUGCCCUCAGCAUUCUCCAUGUGGAGGACCUUCACAGAAUCAUCAUGCAUUGGGACACUCCCAUACAAGCUGCUUUCAGCAGCACAGCCACCACUUUCAACACCACCACCACCACCACCACAACCCUCACCCAGCUGUUCCACUGUCUCCUUCAUUCAGUGACUCCAGCUGCCCUGUUGAAAGGCCUCCUCCAGUGCCUGCACCUUGUGGAGCAAGCAGUAGUUCUGGCACUGGUUACCAUGACCAGCAGGCUUUGCCAGUAGACUUGAGCAGCAGUGGUAUAAGAAGUCAUGGAAGUGGCGCUUUUCAUGGGACAUCUGCUUUUGACCCCUGCUGUCCUGGUUCUUCAUCUCGAACAGCAAUUUAUGGGCAUCAGGCUGCUGCUGGCCCAAGCCAGUCGAUAGCAAUAGAUGGAUAUGGAUCAAGUAUUGUUGCGCAGCCACAGCCACAGCCGCCUCCUCAGGCCUCGCUCUCCUCCUGUCGACAUUAUAUGCAUUCUCCUUAUGCUUCUCUGACCAGACCACUUCACCAUCAAGCUUCUGCAUGUCCCCACUCUCAUGGAAAUCCUCCUCCACAGCCACAACCUCCUCCUCAAGUAGAUUAUGUUAUUCCUCAUCCAGUGCAUCCCUUCCAUCCUUCAAUCUCUUCUCAUGCAUCUUCUCAUCCUGUUCCUCCUCCACCUCCACCACCAACUCAUCCUUUAGCCAAUGCAGCUGCUCCGAUUCCACAGCAUCUUCCAGCUACGCACCAGCCUAUAUCCCAUCACAUCCCUGCAACAGCACCUCCAGCACAGAGGCUACAUCCUCAUGAAGUGAUCCAGAGGAUGGAGGUCCAGAGAAGAAGAAUGAUGCAGCACCCAACACGUGCUCAUGAACGGCCUCCUCCACAUCCUCACAGAAUGCAUCCCAAUUAUGGUCACGGGCAUCAUAUUCAUGUGCCUCAGACAAUGUCUUCCCAUCCUCGACAAGCUCCAGAGAGGUCUGCCUGGGAACUGGGAAUUGAAGCUGGUGUGACUGCAGCUACUUAUCCACCAGGGCCUUUGCACCCUCACUUGGCCCAUUACCAUGCACCUCCUCGACUUCAUCACUUGCAAAUAGGGGCCCUUCCCCUAAUGGUACCAGACAUGGCGGGCUACCCUCACAUCCGUUACAUUUCAUCGGGAUUGGAUGGAACAUCAUUCAGAGGCCCUUUCAGGGGCAAUUUUGAGGAGCUGAUUCACUUGGAAGAACGAUUAGGCAACGUUAAUCGGGGAGCAACACAGGGAACUAUAGAAAGAUGCACAUAUCCACAUAAAUACAAAAAGGUAACAACUGAUUGGUUCUCACAGAGGAAACUGCACUGCAAACAAGAUGGGGAGGAGGGAACAGAAGAAGACACAGAGGAAAAGUGUACCAUCUGUUUGUCUAUAUUAGAGGAAGGUGAAGAUGUCAGGCGCCUUCCAUGUAUGCACCUUUUCCACCAAGUAUGCGUAGAUCAGUGGUUGAUUACUAACAAGAAGUGCCCCAUUUGCAGAGUGGACAUUGAGGCUCAACUGCCUAGUGAAAGUUGACACCGUUUUCCAGAACUCUUGUCCUCCCUCUCACUCCCUUUCAUCCUUCCUGGUACUGCAGUCAACCAAAGAUGGCAUGACUUACCUGCGCAGAUUUGGAAGCAUUGAACCUAGAGUGCUGGCUCUGCUAUAUGGUACAACUAAUGCUAGACCUACAGUUCGUGUAGACAGUUGAGUUUCAGUGUAUUUAUAAAACCUCUUUUUUGUUGUUUAGGUUUUACAUUUUUUUCUUUUAAUUCAUUACUGUAUUUUUGCAUGGUUCCUUGUAUUGCAUUUGUUUGCACAUAUUAUGGGCUUUGUGACCCCAGACUUGCAGGCAAGACUAGCUGCUUUAGUAAGUAGAAUUGUGUGGUCUCUUUUUUUUUUUUUUUUUUGGUUUGUUUUACAUAGUAUCAAGCUUUGAAAAUAUGAUUUCACUCAUUACUAACCUCGGGUUCCUUAAUUUAAUCAAUCAUGUAUUUUAGUUUAAUGUAUAAAGAUCAUCUAGAAAAGGAUAAUAUUAUGUAUUGAGACAUUCCUUAAUUAGGAAAAAAUGGCUGCUGUAUAUUAACAAUAUCAAUUCUGAGUCAAAUACCAUCAUUAAUACUGGGAACAGAAUAUGAACUAUAUUCAGUCUGACUGAUACAUAUAGCAUACUCAUCACCAGAGUUUUGUCUGAUCAGAUUCUUGUGUUCGUUUUAAACUUUCAGCACAAUGCAGAUAUAUUUGAAUGUCAAUAUUAAACAUUUAGACUGCUGUUCGGAUUGUAUUUAUCUUUUUCUUCCUAUGUCUAGAAAUUUGAAUCCCUAACUUAAUAUUUGCUGCUGUGAAACAGCUCUAAUGAACACUAAAUGUUGAUUUCAGUUAGCUGGAUUUGUAGAUACUUGCAGAUUGAAAGAAAUAUUAGGGAAAUGGAAGAACUUAGAAUCUUUGUUUGGUCUUCUGCUAACUUAAGUUGAAGUAUCUGCACACUUGUUUUGGGGUUUUUUUUUUGGUUUUUGUUUUAUAAAACCAUUCAAUCAGGACUUAGAGCUGCAGGGGUUUUUUUAGAUGUUGUUUUCUGGGGGUGGGCUUGGGGAGGGAAGGGGCAGAUAUACACGCAUUCAUAGAACUUCUAAAGAUCCCAGGGAUCUUUAGAAGUUUAGAAGAUCCCUUGGGAUUUUUAUUAGUUUUUAAGUUAAUAAAAUUAGCUAAAUUCACCUGUCUCUUGUUUUAUUUUUCAUUAGUAAAUUGAAAGCCUGUAAAUUUCUGUAGAAACUGAGACACAAAUUAUGUGGUUAUCUAGUUUUGCCUUGAUCAUAGAUACCCUCUUUAUAAAUUACCAACAGUCCAUCACUGAUUGAAAUAUUUUCUAUAGUUAAGAUUUGCUGCAUAAUAUAGUAUAUAGAAUUAAGUUAUAAUGUACUAACAUUUCGCCUUUGGAGGAAGUUUUAAUGCACAUCAGGACUCAAGUCGCUUAUAAACAUUCUUUCCACACAUAAUAGAGUAUAGUUUAUUUAAAUGUGCUCAACAGAUGCUGAAAACUGCAAAAACAGUGAGACAGUAUUACUGUCGCUUUGGAAAAGAUGUUCCUAGGGGAUCAUAUAUGAACAUGUCAAUAAGCUUGCAUUAAGCCACCUGCUUUGUAAGUGGAUUGAGUAAUACCUUCAGUUUCUCUGGUCUUUGUCUUUCAUAAUCAGAUAAAUGUAAAACAGUUUACAGUAAACCUAGAAAAUGAAAUGUUAUGUUUACACUAAAAAAAAAAAUCCAUUUAUAAAUAUGACCUUAUCUAAUUUGAUGCCUGUUUUUUGUCUGGUUAAAGCUGCUUCCCUUUUUAUUUUUUUAAUCUGUUAGGAGUAGCAUUUUCCAAUGCAGUGUCUAUUGCUGGCAACAGACUUACCACCUCUGGCACUGAGGCAUUAAGUGGGGAGAAAUUUUUAUUCCAGCAUGUGUGAUGAGUGGACAUUUUCAAGCUUAAUUGCGUUGCUAAAACUGAACUUAAAAACCACUUUGUGUUUGUAAGAUGGGGGAUAUGGGAGAGAGGCAAAAUACGAUUUGGCUGCUUCAAAACCUGACAUGGUUUUAUGCUAAAGCUUCUUGAACAUGAUGGCGGUAGGAAACUGAAAGUGGGUAUGAAAUUAAAUCUGCAUUGGUAAAAAUGAAUAAAAAUAACUGGAAGGACUGAACAACAGACACUUCCCAUUCUUCAGUGAAAUUGAAAAGGAGGGAAGUUAGUUUACCAGUGGUGCUUGAAGUCUGAUGAUAUUCACUUCUUUUAAAGUUUCCAAGAAGGUACUUGUGAGACAUGGGGUGGGGGGGGAAAAAAAAACACGGGGUCUGCAACAUAAUUGAGACCCUGGGUAUGUGAUGGAACCCGUUUUGGCUUCCUUACAGGACAAAGAAGCACAGGUUUUGGGGAUAUUUUUUUAGGAAUUCUUUUAUGCACCUGCUUUGGGUGCCUGGUACUAGAGGCAUUUUAGUGGCCCAUGAAUUGAGUUGUUUAAUAACUGCUACUGAUAUUGUCUUGCUUUUAAAUGUAUGCAUUGUAAUGUGAUGUCAAACACUUAGGUAUUUGCCAGGAAUCACAGUGUUCUGGUCUUAUAUGCUAUUGCAGGGGCUAAUAAAGCUGCAGCCUACUUCUAUUUCAGAAAGUUGUGACUUGACCAUAAUUUAAGGGAAAGAAAAUGAAUAGGCUUUUGAUUUUGAAAAUUUCCACCACUUACUGUGCUUUACAUGCUUAGAUGCAUUGCCUUAAGUUUUUCUGCAGCAUCUUUGAAGAUAAGAUUCUCAACAGUAUGCAUCAAAUUACUUUUCAUAUAAAAUUCCAUUGUCAAAAGAAAUCCUUUUGUAUGCAAUAAAUAAAAUGUUAGACUGGUAUCAU